AUGUCAGUCUUUCUCCAACGCUCAGCCUUCCUCGAGGCCAUCCAGAAGCAUGAAGCGUCUUCCAUUGCUGUGGCAGAGAACGACUCGGCCGCGAACUUCUCUUAUGGUUCGCUGCUGCACAGUAUCGUGCGUGCUAAGGAGCUGCUAUUGCUAAAGACGGGCAAAAGUGACGAAAGUAUUUCCGGGGAGCGGAUUGCUUUCAUGGUGGAAAAUGGUUUUGAUUAUGUGGUGACCUUCCUGGCUGUUCUCGCCUCCAACGCGGUUGCUGUGCCAUUGGCGCCUUCUUUUGCUGUACCUGAAUUGAGAUACAUUCUCGAUCAUAGCGAGGCGCUCGUUCUCAUCUCGUCGCGCAAGCUAGCGACAAAGGCGAGAGAGGUACUAACUGAUGGCUUGACAAAGCCCCCCUUAUUCUACCAAUUUGAGAGAGCAGGGCAUGCGCCGACAGAGGCCAAUGAAGUCACGCUCUGUGAUUUCUCCGAUCUACUAUCCGGGGGCAUGAUGCUGUUUACUUCGGGAACUACUGCACGACCCAAAGGCGUUGUACUAUCCCUGGCUAAUCUUACCGCGCAAGCAAACAGUCUCUUGGAAGCAUGGCAAUAUGUCCCGAGCGAUCGACUCUUGCACGUGCUGCCGCUGCAUCACAUCCACGGCACGGUGAACGCCCUGCUGACGCCGCUGCUCGCCGGCAGUAGCAUUGAGUUCAUGUAUCCUUUCAACGCGAGCUCCGUCUGGGCACGGCUUGCCGCACCAUUUCUACAACCUACAGCUGCCAAUGGCAACUCCUAUAUCAACAUCGAGGAAGCGGCUGGCGACCCAAAGGAUGUCACCAACUUGCCUAUAACAUUCUUUACUGCCGUCCCUACGAUCUGGUCUCGUCUACUGCGGGAUUAUGAGUCUCUUUCCCCCGAGAUGCAGAAGGCUUGCAAGGAGGCAGUUUCCCCAAGAUACCUACGGCUGAAUAUUUCCGGCUCGGCUGCCUUACCCAAGCCGAUUCGAGACGGGUGGCAAGAACUGUCCGGGGGCAAUUUGCUACUCGAGCGAUACGGAAUGACCGAAGUCGGAAUGGCGCUUUCCUGCGGCCUGGAAGAUAUAGAUCGUGUUGACGGCUCCGUAGGCUGGCCUUUGCCAUCCGUAGAAGCACGUCUCAUGGAGAUCGACGACGAGACUGGAUCUCAAGCUGUCAUUCCGCAUGGCGCGGAGAUCGAUCCCGUUUCCCGUAAGGAACGCAUCGGAGAAAUACAACUCCGUGGACCUACGGUAUUCGAAGGGUACUGGCACAACGAUGAGGCGACCGCGAGGGAUUUCACUGCCGACGGGUGGUUCAAGACGGGGGACAUCGCCACACGAUGCAUGAUCCCAGGCUCGGGCUUGGGCAAGUCUGGAUCUUGGGCGCAAGGUCCUGCAUACUUCAUUCGUGGUCGCCGAAGUGUGGAUAUCAUCAAGACGGGCGGCGAGAAAGUGUCCGCGCUCGAAAUCGAACGCGAAAUACUGGCUCUGCCGCAGGUCGAGGAAUGUGUCGUGGUCGGUCUGCCGUCGGAAGCCUGGGGCGAGAAGGUGGCAGCAGUGAUCGUGCUCUCAGAUCAGAGUCGUAACGAUGGGAAGCCGCUGAGUCUGCAAGAUCUGAGGGAUGCCUUGAAGCGUCGCAUCGCAGCCUACAAAGUUCCACAGGAUAUGGAAACUGUGGGUAUGUUGCCGCGCAAUGCCAUGGGUAAGGUGAACAAGAAGGAAUUGACAGCCAGCGUCUUCGGGGAUAUUGAGAAAAUUAGAAGGCGAAGUCUUGAUCUGGGGAAGAGGCGCGUGCCGGCAAUGGCGACAAUAGCUAAAUGA